AUGUCAAGUUCAGAAAUUUCUUCAACAAUUCAAGACCCCAAUGACCAGUACGACUUCGCCAAUAUGACCUGGGUAGGAGUCUCAGCGGCUGGUGUACUUCUUAUGAUACCGGGUAUUGGUCUGUUAUAUUCAGGUCUUUCGAGACGCAAACAUAGUCUAUCAUCACUUUGGCUCUCACUGAUGGCGUGGUGUGUAUGCCUUAUCCAAUGGUGGUUUUGGGGCUAUUCAUUAGUCUUUAGUGACACUACCAAAGGACAUGGCUUUCUGGGAACAUUGAAAUUUUUUGCUUUUAGACAUGUAUUAGAUGAACCUUCUGCUGUAUCAACAGUUCCGCAAAUAUUAUAUGCUGUUUUCCAAGGAAUGUUUGCAUCUGUAGCUGGUGUAUUAGCCUUAGGUGGAGCAAAUGAAAGGGCCAGGCUAUUUCCAAUGAUGGUGUUUUUGUUUAUAUGGAUGACUUUAGUCUACUGUCCCUGUGCCUGCUGGAGCUGGAAUAGCACAGGCUGGCUGGAGGAGUUAGGUGAGUUAGAUUUUGCUGGUAGCCUUAUACAUGAAACAGGUGGGGUGAGCUCUCUAAUCUAUGCUUUAUUACUAGGAAGAAGGGAUCCCACAAGAAACAGUACCGGCUUACCAAAGUAUAAACCUCACUCUGUAAUUAACGUGGUUCUAGGUACGAUUUUCAUCUUUUUUGCUUGGAUCUUUUUCAAUGGUGGGUCUGCUGGAAAUUCUACAAUUAGGGCAUGGUAUGCUAUAGAAAAUACUGUCCUAGCGGCAUCGUUUGGCGGCAUGACAUGGCUAUUCAUAGAUUAUUUUAAAUAUGAUGGAAAGUGGACCACAGUUGGCAUCAGUUCUGGUAUUAUUUCUGCUUUAGUUGCUAUAACCCCGGGCGCAGGAUACGUUCCAAUCUGGAGUUCAAUGAUUUUUGGUAUAGUAGGUGCUACUUGUUGUAAUUUUGCUAUCGACGUCAGAAACUUGAUGAAAAUUGAUGAAGGAUUUGAGGUCUGGGCAUUACAUGCUGUGGGUGGUGUUACGGGAAGUAUCUUGACAGCUUUUUUUGCCGCUAAAUAUGUUAAUAACACUGCUGGUGUAUAUGCUUCUGACAUUGGCGGAGGAUGGCUCGAUCAUCAUUGGGUACAACUUGGUUACCAACUAGCAGGUAUUUGUGCCAUUUGUUCAUGGGCAGCAGUUGUGACUGCAAUUAUAUUGUUAGCGAUGAACCAGAUCCCUUGGUUAAAAAUUCGUUUGACUCCUGAGGAAGAAGAGAAAGGUACAGAUUUAGCACAAUUAGGUGAAGCUGCAUAUUACUUUGAAGAUAUUGAAGGUGACUUUACUUUUAUCCCAGAACCAGUCAAAUCACACGUUCAAGCUACAAAUACGAACACCCAAGAUGAUGCUCAAGAAGAGCCGGAUAAGAUUGAUAUUACUCUAUCUGUUUCUGAUGGUACUUCGUCGCCAGAUGAGAAUAACAGAUCCUCAAAUGAGGAAAAAUGA